UUGCCGAAGUGGGAUCGAGGGAAGAAGGUGGAAGGGGAUAUGCGGAGAAGAAGGUGGACAGGGAUUGGUGUGACGCGGGGGAAGAAGGUGAGGUUGGUCGGGUGGUUGUUACUGUUAGCAGAAUAAGUUUAGGUAGUUUAGGUGUUAGCAGAAUAAGGGUCUUAAGGGAUGUUAGUAGAAUAGACCCAUCCUAUAUAUACUAACACUAUCUUCUUCUGCUAACACCCGAGUGCUGCCCCGUAGCCGCGAAGUAAACUGCAACAAAAAGCCUGCCCCCUAGGCUCAUCCCAUACCCACACCCACCUCCUGCACGAAACCCACUUGCCCCCUCCCCCGAUCCAAACCACCACCUACCCUCCAUCUUCUACAGCGCCGCCGCCGGAGCACAACCACAGGUCGCCGCCGCACGGCCCAGCCUAGUCAACCUUCCACCGGUGCCGCAGCCGGAUCCCCACCCCAGGCCGCCGCCGCGCUGCCCUGCCCUGCAUCAAUCUUCUGCCACGGCGCCCUCAACCCCUCCCUACCCCGCCCGCCCUCUACCUAUGCCGCCGCCUUGGCCCGGCCACCUUCUGCCUACACCGCCGCCCGCCAACUCCCGCAUCCGUUCGUGAGAUCCGGCGGCCCGCACCCAUUCCUCUGCCUACCGGUCUCCCACGCCGCACACCACGACCCACGGCGACGCCAGAUUCGUGCGCCACACUCCCACGGCGAUGCCGCCACAGCCAGCCGCCGGAUCCAGCAACUGGAUCCGCACCACCAGCAUGCGUGCUGUAGCCAGGUGGCAGGCGAGCUGCCUCCUCCCCGGCGUGGCCAGGCUCCAUGGUCGGGGCCCCUAUUUCGUGCAGGUUCUUCGGUCCACCCUUGUCUCUCCGGCCUACUCCCCUGGCAAAGCUCGCAGCAUGGCUCCCGUGAAGUUCGACAGGCGUUCCCAUGCGUUUCAAUUCUUCAACUACCUCUCUCUUGCAGGUCAUGUCAUUGGUGAUCGCUCUGGGGCUACAAAACGAAAGGGGCUCGUCGGCAGUUUGGUAGCGCUCGCCGUGCAGCUCCGCGACGACAAUUUUGCAGUGUUGCUGCAAUCCUCGGGCUACGCUCUGCAGUCCGCCCGCAUGGGGCACGCGAGGAAAAUUGGAAAGGGUGAUACAUCUCCAACGUAUCUAUAAUUUAUGAAGUAUUCAUGCCAUGUUUACAACAAUUUUAUAUGGUUUUGGUGCGAUUUGCAUGGAACUAACCCGGACUGACGCUGUUUUCAGCAGAACUACCGUGGUGUUGUUUUUUGUGCAGAAAUGAAAGUUCUGCAAAUGAGCUAAAACUUUUUGAUGAUUUUUUGGGAACAAAAGAGACCCCCGAAGGCUUGUGGGAGGGCCAGAAGAGCCACGAGGAGGGCACAACCCACCAGGGCGCGCCUGGUGGGCCUGGCUUACCCUGGUGGGUUGUGCUCACCUUGAGGCCCAUCUUAGCGUGAAACCAACGCCAAAAAAUCCUAAAAAUAGAGAAACCAUCAGGGGUUAACCUAGAUAAGAAGUUCCAACGUCGCAAGGCUCUGUAGCCGCCGAAAACCAAUCUAGACACUUUUCGGCACCCUGCCGGAAGGGAAAUCAUCUCUGGUGGCCAUCUUCAUCAUCCCGGCGGCCACCACGAUGAGGAGGGAGUAGCCCACCCUCGAGGCUGAGGGUUUGUACCAGUAGCUAUGUGUUUAAUCUCUCUCUCUCUUUCUCUCUCUCUCUCUCUCUCUCUCUCUCUCUCUCUCUCGU